AACAUUGUGAAUCAGCUGGUAGGUUAACUUAUGUCGUAUAACCUGCUUUCUGGAAUACCAUCUGAUAGGGAGAGAGAGGCAGCACGCUUGACUGUUAUAAGAAUGACAAGAAGACUGAUAAUAUCAGUGAGGUCUAGGGAAGUUAUUUAGUGUACCAAGGUACACUUUGUGUUUGCGAGGUUGUUGACACUUUGGAAGCAGCAUGACUGAAGAGGAAUUAUACACCGUCUAUAAAGGAGUCUAUCUUCCUAAACUAAUACAUCCUCCAGAGAGCAUUGCAUACUAUGAACAAUUCACUUUUAGACCGGACGACGUUGUUAUUGUGACUUAUCCGAAAUCUGGCACAACAUGGAUGCAGGAGAUCACUCCCCUGAUUCAGAGUGGAGGAGACUUGACUUCGGUUCUGACCCAGCUUAACUGGGACCGGGUUCCCUGGCUGGAGGAACACAGGGCCCAGGUUCUCAACCUGGAACAGAGGCCUUCGCCUCGCCUGUUUGUCACACACUUCCACUAUGACAUGAUGCCCCAGUCCUUCUUCAAGGAUAAGCCCAAGGUGAUUUACAUCAUGAGGAACCCCAGAGAUGUGUUCACAUCUUCCUACCAUUAUUAUGGGAUGGCCUCCUACCUGGUUGAUCCCCAAUCACAGGACGAUUUCGUACAGAAGUUUCUCAGUGGAAAAGUUAUGUUUGGUUCAUGGUUCGACCACGUUAAGGGUUGGUUGAAUGCAAAGGACCAGGACCGUGUUAUGUACAUCUCCUAUGAGGAGAUGAUAUGGGACCUGAGGGAUUCUGUGGCCAGGAUUGCCCUUUUCAUGGACAGUUCCUUAACCCCCGAGGUGGUUGAGAAGAUAGCAGACCACUGCAUGUUCAAGAACAUGAAGCAAAACAAGAUGUCCAACUACUCCCUGGUACCCAGCGAGUUCAUGGACCAGACCAAAUCAGAAUUCCUCAGGAAAGGAGUCGUUGGAGACUGGAAGAACCAGCUCACUGUGGCCCAAGCAGAGUUAUUUGAUGCUGUUUACAGAGACAAAAUGAAGGAUGUCAAAUACAAAUUUGUGUGGAGCUGACAAUCCUUAGCUGUGAUAGUGUGAUAAGUGUAAUACAUGACAUACAGUUCAGAGGCAACUGUUAAGAUCAACUGCCUUUAUGUUCAAGUUCAAGUAUUUUAUUUGUCAGGUACACAGAACAACACAAGGUUAGACUGGGCACUGAAAUUCUUAA